AUUAUUGAUGCAGUGGUUUUAUGGUAUUCUUCACAAAAUUAUGAGCUCUAUUACCUUCCAAGAAAAGGAACAAUAUGUGAACCUGUCUCGGUGGUUUAACACCAUCCAGCAUGAUUCCAUUGUGCGGCGCUCCAGAAGUAUGGUAACUUUCAGCAAGAAUGCGUUGUAUACUUAAUGUCAACAUUACCUGAUAUUACUUUGUAAUAAAAAGUUUCAUUUAAAA